AUGAAAAAGGAAGGCUCUUUCAGACUCAAGUCAAAUUCAGGGUCUCUCUCACGUGCUGUGAGUUGGAUCAAUUUCUCCUCCUUGUCCAGGCAGACAAAGAGGCUGUUUCGCAGUGAUGGAGAGCUCUCGGUUUGUGGGCAGCAGGUGGAAGCAGAUGAUGAAAACUGGAAUUACAGAACCCAGCCCAGAAAAGCGGUUUCCAACCUCGAUGAGGAGAGUCGAUGGACAGUCCACUACACUGCUCCAUGGCACCAGCAGGAAAAUGUGUUCCUUCCCACCACAAGACCACCCUGUGUAGAGGACCUGCACCGCCAAGCCAAGCUCAACCUCAAAUCAGUAUUGAGGGAAUGUGACAAACUGAGGCGGGAUGGCUACCGAAGUUCUCAGUACUACUCCCAGGGACCCACCUUUGCAGCCAAUGCCAGCCAACUCUGUGAUGAUUAUCAGGAUGAAGAUGAAGAAACAGAUCAAAAGUGUUCUAUUUCUUCAUCAGAAGAAGAAAGACUUAUUUCCAUCAGGAGACCUAAAACGCCAACCUCAAGUGACUUCUCUGACCUUAAUACUCAAACAAAUUGGACUAAGUCACUUCCCUUGCCAACACCAGAAGAGAAGAUGCGACAGCAAGCCCAGACGGUCCAGGCUGAUGUGGUUCCCAUUAACAUAACUGGGGAGAAUUUCGAUCGCCAGGCCAGCCUUCGGCGGUCUCUAAUUUACACAGACACUCUGGUAAGACGACCGAAGAAAGUCAAAAGGAGAAAGACUAUUACAGGAAUCCCUGACAGCAUACAGAAGGAGCUAGCAUCAGGCACGGGCCAAGAUGAUGUUGGGGGUCACUCAGUGUACACCCCAGACCACUACUCUACACUAGGAAGGCUUGAUAGCUCUCAGUCUGCGGGACAGCGCUCAGAAACCAGGGACUCCAGCUGUCAGACUGAGGAAGUGAAAGUUGUACCACCUUCUAUGAGAAGAAUCAGGGCACAGAAGGGGCAAGGCAUUGCUGCCCAGAUGAGCCACUUCUCAGGCUCCUCUGGGAACAUGUCUGUGUUGAGUGAUUCUGCGGGCAUUGUAUUCCCUUCCCGCCUCAACAGUGAUGCUGGUUUCCACAGUCUCCCACGUUCUGGGGCGAGGGCGAGUGUUCAGUCCCUGGAGCCACGGCUGGGUGCCCUGGGCCCCACAGAAGACCUGGAUGGCCCUUACGCCUACCACAGCAAUCACCCACAAGAUGAUGAAAACUUAGGACAUUUAGGAGGAGCCUCAAUGACUGGAAUGUUUUUGAGGCCCAAGUCCCAGGCGCUGAGGCCUUUUGAGAAUGUAAUCAGCCCAGCAUGUGUGGUCUCUCCUCACGCCACCUACUCCACCAGCAUCAUCCCAAAUGCCACACUCUCUUCCUCCUCGGAGAUUAUUAUUAUUCAUACUGCUCAGAGUUCAGGACAGCUGGACAGCAAAAUUACCAGCUCCUCUUCGUACACAAAGAUAAAAUCCAGAGACCACCUCCUCUCCAGGCAUGCUAGUAAGGAGGACCAUCAGCCUCCCAGUGGGAACUGGACAGAGGGUCACCCCAGCAUUCUUUCACAGGCCUUAGAUCCUCAUUCCCCCGGUGCAACCACACUGUUGUCGCUCUGUGACUCAGCGGUCUCUCUAAAUACUCCAGAACAUCAGGAGAAUGGAUCCCAAGCCAUGAGCUAUAACUGUAAAAACCACCUGAGCUCUCCAGCCCAUGCCCAGGACGUGGAUGGCAAGAGUGAGUCCAGUUACUCAGGAGGUACGGGGCCCGGCAGCUCUGAGCCCUGGGAAUACAGUGCCUCUGGUAACGGGCAGGCAUCCCCACUGAAGGCACAUGGGGCGAUUCCUGGCUACUCCACUCCCGGGAGUAAUGUGAGCAGCUGCAGUUUGGACCAGACAUCCACCAAAGAUGAUGCCAGGUCCCUGUAUUCAGAGGAGCACGAUGGCUACUACACGUCUAUGCAGCCUGACCCAGGACGCAGAUCUGGAAACCAGAACAGUUGCGAUGGCUUUGGGAACCCCAGGCACAGUGUGGUCAACGUGUUUGAUGGGAGAGCUCAGAAAAACCAAGGGGACCGGUCACAUUUCCAUGACAAGUCUCUCUCGCGGAAUAUCUCUCUGAAAAAAGCGAAGAAGCCGCCUCUGCCACCCUCGAGGACGGACUCCCUGCGCAGGAUUCCCAAGAAGGGCGUCCAGUCAAACGGGCAGGCGCUGAACGAGAGCCUGAUCGCCUCCCUCCAGCACUCGCUGCAGCUGAACCUCCCGGGCAAGGGCGGCAGCUCACCCUCGCAGAGCCCCUGCAGUGACUUCGAAGAGCCUUGGCUGCCUCGCUCCCGCAGCCAGAGCACGGUGAGCGGGGGCAGCAGCAUGACCUCGGCCACCACCCCCAACGUCUACUCCCUGUGCGGGGCGACGCCGUCGCAGAGCGACACGAGCAGCGUCAAGUCCGAGUACACGGACCCUUGGGGUUACUACAUUGACUACACCGGCAUGCAGGAAGACCCUGGGCACGCCGGCGGGGGCUGCUCGGCCGGCAGCAGGGCGCCGGCAGGGAACGGGCCAGUCCACCAUGUUCACGACGGAGCCAGGACCGUGAUGCCCCAAGUGCCUGGUGGCUCCGUCAAACCAAAGAUCACAUCGCCGGAGAAAUCCCACAGGGUCACUUCUCCGUCCAGUGGGUAUUCCAGCCAGUCCAACACACCCACAGCACUCACCCCAGUGCCUGUGUUUUUAAAGUCAGCGUCACCAGCAAACGGGAAGGGGAAGACCAAGCCCAAGGUGCCAGAAAGGAAGUCCUCUCUGAUAUCUUCAAUCUCCAUCUCCUCCUCGUCCACGUCUCUGUCUUCCAACACUUCCACGGAAGGGGGCGGGACCAUGAAGAAGCUGGAUUCGGUGCUGGCGUCUCCCCCUGCCGCUGCCCCUCUUCCUUCUCUUCCCUCACCCUGUCCUGCGGACAAGCCUCCUUUCCUUCCUCCUCCCCCGCCUUUAGCGGAUUCCCCCAACGGCUCUCUGCCUCAGUCUCCCCUCUUCCCCCCUCCGCCGCCAGAAGUGCUCACUCCCUUCUCUCCCCCCACCAGCGCGUGCUUUCCUCCUCCCCCCAGGGCACUUAGCCCCCUUACUCUGGGUGCCCCUGCUUCCCUGCCGCCUGCCCCCGCUUCUGGACCCUCCUCAGCUCCCCCGCCUGCCCCACCCCUUGACCCCAAAUGGAUGAAAGAUGCCAGGCCUUCUUUGAAAAAAUCUGGCCAGUCAGAAUGCUCCCGGGAGGCCUUCCGGCAGCCUCCUAACAAGGAGGAGGGCAGCAGACCCCCCAUGCCCCUGAUAACCACUGAAGCGUUGCAGAUGGUACAGUUGAGGCCCGUGAAAAAGAACUCAGGAACCGAGCAAGCACUGUUAUAUGAACAAGUAUCUCAGGAAAAACUAACUCCGGUUGUUCCCCAGUAUCAUUUAAAGCCAUCUGCUUUCAUGAAAUCCCGAAAUAGCAUAAAUGAAAUGGAGAGUGAAAGCCAGCCUGCCUCCGUGACAAGCUCGCCGCCGACUCCUGCCAAGAGCUUGAGUCAGGGUCACCAGGACAGUGCAGCCGAGCGUGGCCUCCCGAGCCGCAGCCCGGGCAGCGCUGAGGAGUCCGAGGCUGGCCCGGACCCCAGGGCCGCCCCGCUGCAGGAGCCCCCCGGCCCUUCACCCAGCAGGAAGCCGCCCCCCAUUUCCAAGAAGCCCAAACUGUUCCUCGUGGUGCCGCCUCCGCAGAGAGAUUUCACAGCGGAGCCCGCGGAGAACGUGAGCGGAGCAUCACCCAGCCCCACGAGGGGAGAGGCAACAGAGAGUUGUAGAGCCAGGGCUGGUGCUGAGGAGACGGGCUCUGGCAGCUUGGUUCUCGAGGGAGGAGCCGCAGGAUCCGCGUCCCCGGACAGAGUGAAAGCCAAUGUCCCCAUGGUGCAGCCCGAUGUCUCGCCAGCCCCAACGCGGGAGGAGCCAGGUGCCGAGAACCGUGCAGACGGUGGAGGCAGCGUGGAGAGCUGCCUGUCGCUCCAGGACGGAGGGCCUGGGGUGCCAGAGCCUGACACAGCUGGUUCUUCCUCCGAAGCCGGUGACUUCCUUAGGGAAGAAGGGAGUGAUGAGGUGAUGACCCCCAGUAGACCCCGGACCACAGAAGACCUUUUUGCAGCCAUUCACAGAUCCAAGAGGAAAGUCCUCGGCCGCAAAGAUUCAGAUGACGAUCACUCCCGGAACCAUUCUCCUUCCCCUCCAGUGACACCCACCGGUGCUGCCCCCAGCCUGGCGUCCCCAAAACAAGUGGGGUCAAUUCAGAGAAGCGUCCGUAAAAGCAGCACCAGCAGUGACAACUUCAAAGCUCUGCUGCUGAAAAAGGGGAGUCGCUCAGACACCAGUGCCCGCAUGUCUGCAGCCGAGAUGCUAAAGAACACAGACCCCAGAUUCCAGAGGUCAAGGUCAGAGCCUUCGCCAGACACCCCCGAGAGCCCAUCCAGCUGCUCCCCAAGCAAGAACAGAAGGGCCCAGGAGGAGUGGGCCAAGAACGAAGGCUUGAUGCCUCGGAGUCUGUCCUUUUCCGGCCCCCGGUACGGCCGCAGUCGGACCCCACCUUCUGCCGCCAGCAGCAGGUUCAGCGUGCGGAACCGGAUCCAGAGCAGCCCCAUGACCGUUAUCUCGGAAGGCGAAGGGGAGGCCCUGGAGCCGGUAGACAACAGGGCGCGUUGGGCCCUGGGCAUGGCCAGGGGGUGUUCCCUGGAUGGACUGGUAGGGGGUGAAACGGACCGGGGCAGCCUGCUCUGUGGUGGGGAGCCCACCGCCUCCCUGCAGACACAGGGUCCCAGCCCCACAGAUGGGCCGGUCCGUGCCGAGGGCGCAGAUCCAGCAGAACAGAGUGGAGGUCCUCUUCGGGAAGAGAGCUAGGGACGAGAGCCUGACUCUCCCAAGUAAUGCGAGGGAGGCGUGCAACAUGUGGCUCUAGGAAAGCCCGGCACACAGGUACCCUUCCCUGCCUGGCCUGCGGAUCCCACUCAGCGUUCGCGCCGUUUCUGCCCUGGGCCCCAGCACGGAAGAAGAGCAUCACAUAGGACUCACUUGGCACUUGCCCUGUGGCUUAAAAGCAAGUAGAAGCUUAACUUCUUAAAGUGCUU